AUGCGGAACAUCAAUAUAACCUUCUAUCCUCUUUUGACUUUGCUCGUGUCAUAUGUCGCCGCUUCCCCAAUAUACGAAUCUCGUCAGCUCGUUCCUAGAGGUACUGCCCCACUAUGGAACGAGAGUGGACCUAAUGUGAGAGAUGUCAAGCAGGUCAAAGUACUCAACUGUUGGUGGGCUGCCUCAUCCUUAGCGGUCCUCAUCUCCUCCCAACAAUGGAUCGAGAACAUGGUCAAGUACGGCAACGGAUCCUCUAUGGUCGGUCAAUCGUGGCCUACCGAUUCUACCGUUCAAGUGACAGUGUGGAACCCCAACAGCGGACAACAGCAAACUUUCGAAACUGAUCAUGACUACAUCUCUCAGACGGAAGAUCAUCCAGAUGGAAAUUGGUGGCAUGAUGCUGUAGGCCAGGGGGCUAAAGCAAUGGGUAAAACCGAUUCGUUCGCUGGUGUGAUCAGUGGUGAAAAUCCAGAUUGGGAUCCUGAAUCUGGAUCAGCCAAGAUUGGCUUAAAGAUUUUGACGGGGUUCGAAACCGAAUCGAAAUAUAGAGAAUUUAUCUCGGUUGAUGAAUUUUUCUCAUAUUGUGAAAAGGCUUCAUCGGGUACACCGGUAAUUUUCAAUACGUUAAGUAAAGAUGAUGUGAAGACUACCGUUCCUCAACUUGGACAUUCGCACGAUUAUGCCGUAUACAAUGGUACGACCAACUCUGAUGGUGACAGAGUAAUUUGGGCAAGAAAUUCAUGGGGUUCAACGGAUAUGUUCAAACUUUCAGACGUUUAUGAAAAUUCAUAUCAGAUUGUUCAUCUUAGAGAUUGGAAUGUUCUUGGUGGAGGUCCAUUCGAUACUACCCAUCAAGAUGGUUCUUCCGCAGAUACCAACGCUAAUGCUACGACCUCGGCGAACGCAACGGAUUCUGCAACUUCGACCGGUGUGGGUAACGAUACUGCUACUGCAACUGCAACUACCGAUGCUGCUGGAAACAACUCGACUGCGACAGCUGUAGACAAUACUGCAUCGACUACUGUUUCUGAUGCCGAUGCUAGUACUUCCUCCGCUCCUGGUCAACCAGUCACUUCCCAGCCAGCUGGGACUAGCGCUGCAGCUCCUGCUACUGCAUCUUCUUCGGCCACUGCACCAGAAACGAGUUCAGGAGGCUCGACUUCCUCGCCCUGGCAGUGGACUUCAAUAUUACCUGGGUGGAGUACCACUUACCCUUCAACUCCAUCCGCUACAAAUCAAGGUUUAGUGGUGAUAGAAGCUGCGUUGACACCUGAAUCAGAUGAGGAAGAACGGUCGGAAGACGAAGACGGGAAUGUAGAAUGCAAAUGGAAUAAUGCAGAUGGAGCAUGUCAGUAG